CCAUACUAUGCAAAACGCUUAAUUUGCAUUUUUGAUAAAUUUUCUUUACGCUUCCAGGAAGAUCUCAAUGAAAUGGAAAGACGUAAACGGGUGCGUCAGAUCUUGGAAUCAAAAGCGUUUCGCGAGGAAUUAGAGCAGUUGAUUUUGUCAGAGAAGCAGUACGGCAACGAAUCGACGAAUAACCUUAGAGUUGUUGUGCCGAUAGCUGACUUGAGAGGCUCCGAAGCGGCGAAGUACUCGUUGACCGAACGUGUUUUGCGAAACAAGCUUGCCUCAUUAUAUAGGUUGGUAGAUCUGUUCAGUUGGUCGCAGGGAAUCGGCAGCCACAUAACGCUGCGGCUGUCGCCAGAAACUGAGGCGGUCCUACUUAGUCCGUUCGGAUAUUUGUACCAUGAAGUGAGCGCCAGUUCGCUGGUAAAGGUCGACUUUGCGGGCAACGUGUUGGACGCCGGCACGACGGGGCUCGGCAUCAAUGACACCGAGUACCAGCUUCAUGCGCUGAUCCACCGUGGCCGCCCAGACAUCCGUUGCAUCAUUCAUCUGCACACCCCGGUUGUGGGCGCGGUGGCUGCCAUGAAAUGCGGUCUUCUUCCCAUCUGCCACGAAGCGAUAGUCAUCGGCCCAGUGGGUUACCAUGAUUAUAAGGGCACGGACUUGAACGAUUCUGAAGAGCGGGAAUCGAUUCUGCGAGAUCUGGACAGAAACAAGGUAUCAAGUGUCGAUAGUUGUCACAUAAACGUAUUUAAACGCAUUGUAAAUUACCAAUUGCAUUGUAAACCAUGCGACAUAUCUUUCGCAUUUAGUACUCAUUCACUGUCAGUGUUCGAAGCUAGAAAUUAG